AAAAUCGUUUCUCUUAUAGGAUGCUGUUCUGAGUGCGGUCUGCUUCUCAAUGACAAAACGAAUGGCGUUAUCGGUAAAAAUGUGACCUUCAAGACAACAAUCACCUCAACACAGGAUUUUAUAACCAUAACAUGGAAUUUCAACAAAGCUGCAGCAAUUGCUCCGAUAAUUACAAGUGUCCCAUCCUCAAACACCAAUGACAUUGAUGAGAAAUACACCAGCAGAAUCAUCUACAAUCAAACAACAUGUGAGCUUCAGCUCGGGCCGCUGGUGAAGGAGGAUGAAGGGGAAUAUAUUCUCACUGCAGUCACUCGCAAGGGAAAGCAACUGAAUGGACGGAUUGAUCUUGAGGUUCUUGAACCCAUAACUGAUGUCAAGAUUUCGUCCAAUCUACCUGAACCUGUAGAGUUCAACAGCACCUUGGUUCUUUCCUGCUCUGCCAAAGGCUCCUUUACUUACAAGUGGCUGAACGGUUCAGUCCCUUUGGUGGUGGAUGGCACAAAUAUAAAACUAAACACAGUGAGAAAUGAGCUAACUAUCGCUGAAGUUCGCCGUACGGAUCUGCGAGGACCCAUCAUCUGCAUUGCAAAGAAUGCACUGGAGUCAGGGAUGAGCGCUCCCUUCACUCUCACUGUGAGCUAUGGCCCGGAGAAAGUCAUUAUGACACAAACUCCAACGGAUUCAUUCCUCAAGAAAGGCUCAAAUUUAACCCUUGCAUGCUCAGCCCAGUCUGACCCUCCUGCUCAGCUCCAGUGGAUGUUUAAUUGGACAGAGAUGCCUCAGAAGACCAUGCAGUCCCCAGCAAACAUUACCCUCACCAAUGUAGAAGAAAAACACAGUGGAAGCUAUAGUUGUGUGGCCUUCAAUGUUAAGACCAAUCGUUUCCUCGCAGGUCGCUGUGGUGUCUGUUCUGGGUUAGUCAUAAACCUGACGUACUUGGCCAAAGUUUCAGAAUUUGACAGACUUCUGCUUGAGGUGAUCUGUCAGUGUGAAGCAGACAUGUUCAGAAGUCCCUGA